GCUUUUCCUACAAGCUGUUGCUAGGUCAACGUAAACACGAAUAAACAUGUGAAACUCUUUUAUAAAUAUGAAUCACUGCUUCUCAUGAUCGAAUAAGUAAAUAUCUUUUAAAAAGACCUUUUCAUACAUAUAAGCUGAGGAAAUACUGAUUUUAACGCAACAAUAAAAUCAAUUAAUUCCUGUUUAACAAGAUGGCAAAAAGAAUCAAUCAAGAAACAUUUGAUGAUGUUGUCAAAGAAAAUAUGGGAGAGUUUGGAAUGGAGGCACAAGAAGCUAUUGAUGAUGCAGUGCACCAAUUUGAAUCACAAGGGGUCAAUUUGGCCAACAUCGUAAAAGAUGCCAGUCUCUUCAGUGAGGAUGGUGAAAAAGUAGAGCAUCCAGUAAUAGCAGCAAUUAAACAGUUGAAGAUUUCCGUUGACAGCUCUGAGACAGGGGAGAUAAUCCAAAUACUUAGAAAACUUAAGUCAGAAUGUGAUGUAGAUUUAGCAAAAAGAUGUAUGGCAGGGAAUAAUGAUGCAUAUACAGUGCUACUCCAGGCUGCAAUAAAACAUAAAAAUGAUAAUGAAUUGUUGAAAGAAAUACUUUCAGGGCUGAUUUCUUUGACCAAUGGUCAGCCAGAUGUUUUGGAUGAGGCUGGGUGUUCAUUUUUGGUAGAAAACUUGACUACAAAAUCUGAUUAUAAAGACCUUUUAGUUAUAAAUUUGAAACUUAUUAGAAAUACCUGUAUCAAACAUGAAUCAAAUAGACAGAUGUAUGUCAAAAAGAAACUUAUUACUGAAUUAGUUAAUAUAUUAAUUGUAAACAAAAAAGAACCAGCAGUUGUAAUAGAAGCGUGUGGUUUAUUGAGAUGUCUAACAUAUGAUGAUGAUGUGCGAGUGCCCUUUGGUCAAGCCCAUGAACAUGCCAAGAUGAUAGUUACAGAAGGAAAUUGUCUCAAAAUGUUACUUGAACUAUCUCAAGAAUACUCUGGUAACACAAAUGUUUUAAAGGAGUUAUUUUCCACAAUGAGUGUCGUAGUGGUUAGAGAUGAGUUCUGCAAGGCUGUUAUGGAUAUGGGUGGUUUGGACUUCAUUUUAAAGGCUUUACAAAAUAAUCUAGGAGAUAAGGGUAUUGUGAAACAAGCACUUGGCUUAGUUAAAGCUUUAGCUGGUAAUGAUGAUGUCAAAGUUGCAGCUGUUUCAAAAGGUGGUAUUGAGUUAAUCUUAGCAGCCAUGACAAAACAUCAAGCAAAUGCUGCAGUAGCAGACCUGGGAUGUGGAACCAUUACAAGAGUUGUGCUGCGUAAUCCUGCAAAUUGUGCUAAGGUCAUAGAAUGUCAAGGUCAUCAGGUCAUUCUUCAGGCAAUGAAAAUACAUGUAAAGGAAGAAUCUGUUCAGAAACAGGCAUGCAUGGCUUUAAGAAAUUUAGUGGCAAGGACGAGAGAAUAUUGUGAACCAAUCCUAGAACUAGGAGCUGAGACUUUGAUUAACAUGGCAAAAAAUAAUCAUAAAUCAUGUACCGAUGAAGCUAAAGCUGCCCUGAGGGAUUUAGGAUGUCAAGUAGAACUUAAAGAAUUGUGGAAAGGAGAGAAAGUGGAAAUAGCUUACUGAUCUCUUUUAUUUAAUUAUUAUUUAUUAUCUAGUUUCAUAUACUGCUCAUUAAAAAUGAACGAACAAUGAACAAAAUUUUGAAAGGAGGCCUUUAAUGUACUUCUGUAUUUCAGUCAUACAUACAUACAUAAAUAUAAAUCUUGUCUUAA